UUUAAUUUAAAAUUGUUGAAAAUUUGAUACCAUUAUGGUGGUAAUUUGUGUCUUUUUACUACCAUGAUAGUCGCGAAAUGUGGCGUGAUGUUGCUAGCUUCACUGUGGUGAUUGUGAUACUGUUAUUCUGCGCGACCAACGGAAAGCGUUCACAAAGAGCAAUAUCCUGAACAUUCACGGAAGAAAAAAAAACAAAUCAGUUGAAGGAGAAUUCGCAACACUUUGUGAGGCCUCCGGACAACUCAAUUUUCGUGGGACCUUUAUGAAAUUCUGAACUCUACAAACUAAAGUCUGGAAAACUUCGCAUGCUUCAUAUUUUUUAUGUUAGUAAAAAAAUUCAAUUUUUAAAUCUAUAUUUUUUAUAACAAUAUAUUUUAUGUGUAAUGUUUAAUUCCUCUUUAUUUUAAACUAAUUUUAUUUAUUUAUUUUAUGUUUACUUUUUUACAAAUUAAACUCGCAAAAAUGUCAAUUCAAUGUCCGAAUUGUAGUUUUAAACUGGGACACAAAGCUUAUUAUACACAUUUAAAAAUUCAUAAAACAAACAAACAUGCCAUAUUUAAAUGUAUUGAGGAAAAUUGCAAUCAAAUUUUCAAAACUUAUUUAAGGUUGUUAAGUCAUAAGGCUCGCAUUCAUUCUGAUAAGUGUACGAGAUAUAUAGCAUCAUUAAGUUUUGAAUGUGAUAUUUGCAAAAAGAAAGAAGAGUCUAAAAAAAGGUUUUAUAUUCAUUUGCUUAAACAUUUAAAAGAAACUCCAAUUCAAUGUCCUUUUUCAAACGAAUGCAGAAAAGUCAAUUUAUUUGCAAAUGUAAAUAGCUUCAAAGUUCACUUCAUAAGACAUCAUAGUUUUUCCACAGUCUCAUUACCUGUAAAUGACUUCGAGAAUGUGUUGCCAAACCCUUCACUUGAAGCAAUUGAUAACAUUACACUCGAUAAUACCAAACAAAAUCGAAGUCAACUUACAAGGCAGUAUUUUAAUUUAUUUUGCAGUCAACAGUUACAAUUAAAUGUUCCCUCUACAUCUUUCUCCAGUAUAAGUGAAUCAUUUAAUUCUGCAUACAAUAUUGACGAGAAUCAAAAAAUUUACAUUCUAGUAAGGGAGCUUCGUAAUAAAGGAAUAUCUGAUGUACAAAUUAAAGACAUUAUAAAAACUUUUAGUAGUGAGAAAACUUUAUUUAAAGAAUUAUUUCAUUCUGACUUUGGCUUGCUACGGAGCACUUAUUCUCGUCAACAAGAAUUAUUGAAAAGCGAAUUUCUUGUGAAACCAAAAGAGAUUGAUUUAGGGAAAAAUGAUAAAGAUGAGAACUGCACCUAUUUUUACAUUCCACUAAUAGAUCUUCUGACCACAUUAUUUAAGAACCUAGAUUUUCGCAAUGAAUAUUUUUCACCAAAAGAUGCAAAUGGUCUAUAUUAUUCUGAUCUAAAUGAUGGUGAGAUAAGCAAAAAUAAUACUUUUUGGGACCCAUUCCACAAAAAUAUACAGCUCUUGAUUUUUCAAGAUGCUUUUGAAGUGUGUAAUCCUAUCGGAGCUGCGAGAUUAAAAAACAAACUCAUAGGAGUAUAUCUAUCUGUUGGAAAUUUAAAAAAAUAUAAUAGAUCCCAAGUCAAUAACUUAUAUUUGAUUGCACUUUGCAAUGAAAGCAAUUUUAAGUAUUUUGGGCCCAACAAGAUUUUAAAUGAAUUGGUAAAUGAUAUUAAAAUUUUAGAAAGGAUUGGAAUAAAUGUGAUGCAUGAAAAUGUUUCCUACAAUUUGAGAGGAUCACUAUUUGCAAUUUUAGGUGAUAACUUAGGGAGUCACCAAAUCGGAGGGUUUGUCGAAAAUUUCUCGACUUCACAUUAUUUUUGCAGGAUUUGUUAUAUUACAAGAAGUGAAUUUAAAACGAAUGAAAAUUUAACAGCUCGAUUGAGGACCGUGGAAUCUCAUGAAAAGGAUUUAAGUGAUUUGAAAAAUUCAGACACAAAUAAUCAUAGGGGGGUAAAAUUUAAUUCUAUAUUUAAUGAAUUAACUCACUACAAGAUAACAAAUCCUGGAAUGCCACCCUGCAUCGCCCACGAUUUUUUCGAAGGAAUUAUCCCACUAGAUCUUUGUUUAAUAUUUAAAUAUGUUGUACGAAAAGGUUGGAUGUCUUACACGACAUUAAUAUAUCUGAUAAAAUUUUACUUUAAAGACUUAAACUUAAAAGCUUCAAUUAAAAUGAGGCCAAAUUUUUCUAACAUACUUGGUAGAGCCUACGAUAUAUGGUGUUUGAUUCAAAUUAUACCUUUGAUUUGUGUUGAAUUUAGUACUGACGAAAAUAUUGUAAAAGAUUCUGUUUACAAAAUGUUAAUUCUCUUGAAAAAAAUUGUUGACAUCGUGGUGGCUCCCCAAAUUUCUGAAACACAACGAGCUUUACUGAAAUAUUUGAUUGCAGAGUAUUUGGAACUAAGAUCUAAUAAUUUUACUGAACCACUUAAACCAAAGCAUCACUUUAUUACUCAUUAUCCAUAUUUAAUCAGAAAAUUUGGACCUUUGACUUCUUUCUGGACCUUGCGAUUUGAAAGUAAGCAUACUCAAUUUAAAAGAAUCAUUACUUCUUCACGAAAUUACAAAAACAUUCCAAAAUUAUGCUCGGAAAAACAUCAGGCUCAACAAUCUCUUUUGCUUUCUGAAAAAAUAUUGUUUCCAAAAAUUAUUCACGUAAAAUCGAAAAUAGGAUAUGAAAUACUUUCAAAUACAGAGAAAACUUUACUUAAAAUACAAAAUAUUGAUAUGUCGAUGAUAUUUUUUGCAAAUGAAGGUGAUUUUAGAGGUUUCAAUAUUAAAACAGGCCAUUACAUUUUUUUAGAGAGAGAUGAGUAUGGCGAUCCUUAUGUUAUAAAAAUUGUGAGACUAGUUGUUCAUAUUACUUGUUGUGACUUCUCUAUAAUUGGUCAUAAAUGUAAAUUAUAUGAAGAUCAAGAAAACGGUUUACUUUAUGUCUUAAAUGAAGAGGAAUUAUUUUUCAAAAAUCAAAAAGAAAUAGUUGACCUCUCUCAAAUCAAGCUUUGUCAUAUUAAAAAAAUUGAUUCUUCUGUACUAUUUAUUAAACAUUCAUUACCUGGAUAACCUAAUUUAAAUUGAUUGAUAAAUAGAAAAAUGAAAUGGUUUAAAGUUUGGAGCGCUGACAGGAGUCAGAAAAGGCUGAUGAAUUCCAUACCCAAUAUUAAUGCUUUGUUGCUAAAAGCAAGUGAAAUGCUGGGAUACCAAUGCACCACCUUAGUUUUAGAGGUGUGCGGAACUGUUAUAAAUGAUGAUUCAUUCCUAGAAGCGUCAUCAUUAAAUGAAAUAUUCAUGGCUCUGCAACAACAUGAAUUUUGGACUCCCUCAAUAUUAGUUAAUGAGGAUUUAAGUCAACAGAGACUGAACACUUCAAUCGGUGUAUUAAAUGACCGUGAAACACUUGCCAGCCCUGAUUCGUCCUUUAAUCAGAUAUUUUUGCUUGAGCCUCAACCAUCGACUUCUCGUUCAUUUUCAUCAGAAGAAGUUCGUCAGGAAACAUCCACGCCAAUUGGAAACAGCGGAACAAGUAAGCGGGCUCUUAGAGAGAAGUUUUUAGGAUAUGCUGGUGUGGUUAUUCCAUGGAGCCGACUUGAUUCUGACUGCUUGAACGCUUUGGAGGAAAAGAAACGUCUUUCCGCAACACAAUUAACUAAGGUGUGUCAGAUGGUAGUCGAUGAGAUUCGACUUACUGGGUACUAUGUACCAUGCAAAGUAUUCCACGAAACCGCCAAAAGCAUGUGCCAGCAAUUUCCUGAUACCUUCAUUGAAAAAGACGAUGAUGAUAUUAUUAUUGGAAAUGGAUACUUGGGAUUGGCAGAGAAACUAAGAAACAGGAACAAUUAUUUAAAUCAACCUCAUAAAACCAAGUUUGACGACCAAUUGCUGCACAAACAAAUAAAGACUUUGAAAGCAGACAAUAACGCAUGUUCCGGGAACAUCAAUAAUCAACCGAAUAUCUUCAGUCAAACAGAUGAAUCACUCAACCCACUCAACGAUGGAGAUAGUUUUGCUCUAAUUAGACGGGACAUCAAUGAAAAAAUGGAACUUACAGAGUUGCUCAACAAGUGGGAAAUUCUAAAGACGAAAGAUGGACUCUUCGAACACUUUAAGAAUCUAACAGAAACUGACAUCCAAACUAUGACUCCAAAGCUCAGGGAUAAAUACAGUAUGAUUUACUUUGCAUGCAUGAAGGAAGAAUUCGAAGGAGAAAAAGACCUGGAGAAAUUGAUAAAAGCGAUUUGCCACUAUUUCAAGGAAGAUGCUGACACAAUUUUGCAACACCGAGAGAUCAAUUCGCAAAAUCUCAUGACGUCACAUCCUGGGGUUUAUAUUAUAGAAAACACAGGAGAUCACAUGAUAUUCUACAAAGGGCAGGAGAUUCAGAAAGGAGCAAAUAUCUGGGAAGCGUUUGAAAUAAUGUUCGCAAUGUAUUACAUUUUCAAUGAAUGCUUUCCCAGAGAGAUUGCUUGCACACUGGAAUUUUUCCAGCGAUAUGUGUUAAAAAUACAUCCAACAGAUGGAACAAAAAAUAUGAAAAGAAGUGUGUCCAAAUGUAAUAUGAAAGUUUUGGGCUUAAUGAAGAAAAUAAAAAAAUAAUUUUUU